AUGACAGACUCAUUUAAGGUUUGGCUGCAAACAGUUUGCAAAGAUUUUUCAGAAUUAAAAAACGAAGAGAAAACUAUCUGCUUGAAGGAAUUGAUAGAACUUUGUGGACCUUCUCAGUUAUUUUCCCUUUGGCAUCAAUUUAGUCCAGUUCUACACUGCGAUUUCUUGCAGUAUUUACCGUUGGAAAUAGUUUAUAAAAUCUUGCGUUAUGUCCAAAUCGAGCAUGCCUUGCAAUGCCGAUUAGUAAGCAGAAAAUGGAAUCAAGUUAUCUGUCGCUGUAUUCCGUUAUGGAAAAGUGCCUGUAGUGACGUUGGAGUUAAUGUUGAUAAUGUUUUGUUCAAGAAUAAGCAUUACAGCGCUUGGAGAAAAUUAUAUCUGCAAUGCAGGACGAAGCUUAAGGCGGUAUCGAAUACAUGCUGUUAUGUUGAAACCAAACUAGCUGGUCAUACAUUGCCUGUUAGAGCUGUAAAAUAUUACCAAACUUUACUAGCUACAGGUUCCGAUGAUAGGACUGUACGCAUUUGGAGAAAAAUAAAUGAUCAGUUUCACUGCAAUCAUGUCCUUCAAACGCAUUCAUGUGCAGCUUUAAAGUGUGAUGCAAAUAUUAUUUUGACGGCUUCUUUCGAUACAUCGGCAGCCGCCUGGAAUUGGCAAAGUGGCCAGCUAAUCCAAAGAUUUAAAGGACACACUGGAGCAGUAUACUGCCUAGAUUAUGAUCUAGACCAAGAUUUACUUGUUACUGGCUCCACGGAUAAGACAGUUAAAAUUUGGAAAUUAUCAUCAGGAAGCCUACUAAAAACUUUACGUCACGACGAGUGGAUUCUAGAGGUAAUAAUGUAUCUCAGAUGUAACAAGUGA